AUUGGUAAGGUCUACUUCUGACUUUGUGGAAUUGCUACGCGCGACAAAGAAAGGUUGUGAGACAACCCUUGUUAUUGUGCUGCAACGUCUUGCGUGACGAUUUACAUAUCUCAUUACGUAAAGUACGUCAUCGUAUGGUUGRCAGCGGCCCCGAGACGACGUCUGGCAGCGGCCAUUUUAAUACAAAAUCAAAACAAGUGCACUAACAAACAACUUCAGAAAACUUUUCUUUAUGAUUGGAUAUUGYAAAAAAUGAGCAGGCAAUCUACGCAUAUGUUAAUCGAAAUACUUUGAAUCUUGUUUCUUCGUGUGAAAAUUGUAAAAUAGAACGACUUCUUGCAUCAAGAUCGAAAUCCACUUUCGAUUACAUGUAAACACUUCAACCACACUCGACGUCUUUCAAGUCUGUAUUCCAAGCAAUCUAGAUGAGUAAUUAUCCACCACCACAACAACAACCAGGCUAUCCAGGCUAUCCUCCUCAACAGGGACUAUACCCUCCUGCAGCACAGCAAGUUUAUUACCAGCCAGGACAACCUCAAGGUUAUAGCCAGCCACCUCCACAAGGUUAUGGACCGCCACCACAAGGUUAUGGACCGCCAUCACAAGGUUAUGGACCGCCACCACAAGGUUAUGCACCGCCACCACAAGGUUAUGGACCUCCUCAGGGACAACCACAAACAUAUCAGCAGGGUGGUGUUCAGAUGAACUAUGGUCAGCAGCAGACAGUAGUAUACCAUCAGCAAGUAGUUACCAUUCCACCACAGCCACCUAAUUUCCAACAAGUUCGGCCUGUACACUGUCAAUGCCCAUUUUGCCAUAGCAUGAUCAUGUCUAAAGUCAGCCGAGAAACUGGCACAACAASGUAUCUAUAUUGCUUGAUGUUGUCCUUGGUCUGUUGUUGCUGUUGUCCUUUCUAUAUGAAUUGUGCAAAGGAUGCAUCACACUCCUGCCCUAAGUGCAAAAAACAUCUYGGAACAUUUCAUCAACCUGCUUUCGAGUCUGGUGGGGUCUCAGGUUCACAAAACAAUUAUGGCCAUACAUCUGGUGGGACUGGUAGAAGACGAAGACACCGUGGAGGUGGUGGUUUUGGUGGUGGUGGUGAUGGUGGUGAUGGUGGUGGUGGUGGUGGUGGUGGCGGCGGUGAUGGUGGUGGUGGUGGUUGUUAGGAAGCAAUGAUCAAUGUAGCAUAAUUGUCAACAAUAGUGACAAUAGUCUUUUUAGAAGUUUAAAUUCAAGUAGCCAUUGAAAACCUUACAUUAGUAAGACAAAAAUCUGUUCUCAGUUUAUUUGACUAACAAGUAGUCAAUUACAAUUGAUUUCUGCACUUCUAGUAAUUUACAGCUGCAAUAUGCAGAAAUUAUGAUCUUUUUGCUCAUAUUUCAAGUAUAUCUAAAGUUAUAUCACGGUUACCUGYGCCAUGUUGAAARGUAGCCGUGCCUUUGCAUCGAAGCGAGACGACCGUUGAGCGUGCAAUGAUAGAAACCUUCUUUCACACCUACAGACAAUUAUUCACAGGUAUCUAUCAUUGCACGCUCAACAGUUGUCUCGCUUCGAUGUAAAGACACGGCUACCUUUCAACAAUGGCACAGGGAACCGUGAAGGAGACUAUUGAUCAUUGAUCAUUCUUAGAUAUAUACAGUCUAUCGUUCUGUGUGUUUUUAUGAGAAGAGAUUCUUGAUGAUCGUUCUUGCUGGAAUUGUUGGACCAACAAUUAUGGCUGUGCAGGCCCGCCUGCAUCCUGUUAUAUACAAGUUGAUUAUAAAGCACAUGAGGACAAUACCUAAGUUAGUGAUUAAUACUCUAAAAUAAAAUAUAAAAGCAGAGGAGAUUUCGUAUGACUGUGAAAGAACACAGUACGUUUUUUCCAUGAGCGUAUAGAUGCUUACGACGUAAGCCGGAAGAAAACAAUAGAAAACAAAGGAAUGGAAACGAGGCCUAAGGGCCCUGGAGGAGUUUAGAUAGCAAAUAUCUAGGGAUUCCAUUCACCUGAAUUUAAGAUCGCUUUUCUGUAGGAAAACGACAUUUUCUUGCUUCUUGUUUAAUUCAAUAAGGAUAUUUUUCCGUAAUCGUGACCGUAAUCGUACUGUAACCAAAUUCUAGUGCCCCAUUGGUUCACCAAAAUUUUGAAGGUCAGGUGCGGUAACGGUGCCCCACUCAUACGAAAUCCGCUCUAUUCCUUGGGUUCUUCAGUGACGUGGUCCGUACUCCGUUGUUAGAGCGGAUUUCGUAUGACUGUGCAAAAAAACACGGUACGAUACGCAUUGGAAAACCUUUUUUGCCGUGCCUUGUCCGUGUUGUGAUCCGUGCUUUUGCACUCAUACGAAAUCAUAUCCAUGCGUGAUCUUCGUACAGUCACGAAAUCUUCUCUAGAUCUAAUUUUACAUAAUUUUGAACAUUCUGAUUUGACAUAUCAACCCCUAAGAGUAUAUAAAAAAGAUGAAUGUAUGCAUCUGCAAAGUAAAUCACGAUAAAAUGCUGUUUUUAAUUUG